UGCAGCUCUGACCCAUGACUUCUCCAACGCCGCUAACUAGGCCUGGCCCUGCCUCUCCUCUCACACGCAGGCCACAGUCACUUCCUAGCGCCUCCAGAGAGCGUGAGUUCUGGACUUGGCGGCCUGGCCCCCCCCACAGGCCUUCCAGACUGGGACCCCAAUACGCAUGCCGCCUACAUCGACAGCCACUACUCUUACCCAGCGUCUGCGGCUGAAGGUUUCCUGACUUCCGGCUUCUGCCCGCCUGUGGACCCAGGGCAGCUGUGCCCACUUCCCCAGGGGAUGGAGGACCCCCUGGAUACUCGACUCUAUGCAGAGCCUUCCCUGCCACAGGCAGAAUCCUGGAGAGUUUCUGGACUCCUCUCAGGACCCCCACAGUUGCCCCCUGUGGUCCAGGGACCAUCCUUGGAUGCAGCCCGUGCUCACAUGCUGGCCUUGGGGCCACAACAGCUGCUGGCCCAGGAUGAGGAGGGCGACACGCUCCUGCACCUGUUUGCGGCUCGGGGGCUACGCUGGGCAGCAUACGCUGCGGCUGAGGUGCUCCAGGCGUGCAGACACCUGGACAUCCGCGAACACAAGGGCAAGACGCCUCUUCUGGUGGCAGCUGCCGCCAACCAGCCUCUGAUUGUGGAGGAUCUGCUGAACCUGGGAGCGGAGCCCAACGCCACGGACCACCAGGGGCGUUCUGUCCUGCACGUGGCUGCUACCUAUGGGCUCCCAGGAGUCCUCUCGGCUGUGUUUAACUCCGGGGUCCGAGUUAACCUGGAAGCCAGAGACUUCGAGGGCCUCACCCCCCUCCACACAGCCAUCCUGUCCCUCAACGUUGCCAUGCGCCCACCCGACCUGUGCCCCCGGGUGCUGAGUGCCCAGGCCCGAGACAGGCUGACUUGCGUCCAGAUGUUGCUGCACAUGGGUGCCGACCACACCAGCCAGGAGAUCAAAAGCAACAAGACAGUCCUGCACCUGGCCGUGCAGGCCGCCAACCCUACCUUGGUUCAGCUGCUGCUGGAAUUGCCACGGGGAGACCUGCGGGCCUUCGUCAACAUGAAGGCCCACGGGAACACAGCUCUCCACAUGGCGGCCGCCCUGCCCCCUGGACCUCCCCAGGAGGCCAUCGUGCGGCGCCUGCUGGCGGCUGGAGCGGACCCGACAUUGCGGAACCUGGAGAACGAGCAGCCUGUCCACCUGCUGCGGCCCGGGCCGGGCCCUGAGGGGCUCCGGCAGCUGUUGAAGAGGAGCCGUGUGGCACCCCCAGCCCUGUCCUCUUAGGACUCGAACCCAGACCUGGACUGAUUUUCCAGUCCCCUCCGUCCCGUGGGACAGCCAGCGUAUGCUAAUGUUGCAAAUUCAUGAUAAUAUAUGGGGGAUGUCCUGCCAUCCAGGGUCUUACAUUAAAACCCCAGAAUGGCUGCUGGGGGCAAACAGUCCCCAAUACUUGGGGUGGUGUGAUACCCCUCCCCCACCCACAAGGAGCCCCGUAAUGAUUUCUGUGAAAUCGAAGCCCCUUGAUUGUUUCUGUGAAA